CUGAGAAGCAAAUUCAGUCCCUACAAAUUCAAGGCGCUGCCUCGAGUCGGUUUGAACCAGUCGCUCAAGCUUUCAACCAGGAUGAAUAAGAUCAUAUUUGUCGUUGCUACCCUCGCCAUUUGCGCAUUACCUGGUGCAUUUGGGUUAAUGUGUUACAACUGCACAAACAUGGCGCCCUAUGACACUCCACAUAAAACAUGCAUGAAUGAAAGUGCUUACAUGCCCGUAAACUGCACUGAUCAAGCAACACAUUGCGGCCAGGUUAUGCUCAUGGUGAAUGACGUAAUGGUUUAUUCCGCGGGAUGUGUUGCUCCUAUGGUGAACUGUUCUACAUACAACAUGAGCACAUGUGCUACAGUUCUAGCGGAAGGCGGCGCCGCCAUAAAGAGCUGUACAACAGAGUGCUGUAAUACCGACAAUUGCAAUAUGCCAACAUUCCCCACGGACGCACCAUCCACGACUGCAACAACUACAGGUGACACUGAGACAACUCCCACCUCUGGAAUUGAGUUCUUUGAACCUAAGGUCAUCGCUUUGCUGGCCGCCUACCUUUUAGCUCUAUACUUUGGGAAGCAAUAAAGUCAUGAAGUCACUUUAAGCAACAACUUGCCGAGAGACAUCAGCUUCACAAGCUGCUUCUAAAAUGUUAAAGCACAUUUUUCAUUUUCCUCAUCGAGCUUUAAGUACUUUUUUGAACUAUAAGGGUUUUGUAUGUUCGUGUUGCGCAAUUUUUUAUUGCUUAUAUUAGACAAUGGGGAGUGGAUGUAGUUAGAUGAGUGUGAAUAUCUCUUUUGAAUUUGAUAUGAAUGCAAAUCAUGAUUAGACCUUCGGGAUAUCACUUGCACGGUGUUUAACCAAUGAACGCUUAAAUAGCCAAGCACCUCAUAAGUUUUUUCAUUUUCUGUACUUAGGCUUUUGCUUUCAGAUGGAAAAUAACAUAAAAUGUUUAUAAACAUUUACUUGGAGACAGUAAAGCAUGUUACUCCUUGCAUUUA